CCGAUUUGUAAUUCUGAAUUUACCAGGUCUAUCAUCAUGCUUCUUCUUUAAUGGGCACACUUUGCAGCUCCUUUGUAAAUCCUUUUGCUUUCUUUAUGCAUUUUUGUUUUUGUGCGUUUUAUGAUCCAAACUAUGUAGGAAGCUUGUCCUCGCCUUGUUUUUUUAAUGAUUUGCCAGUGCCCCGGCCUAGAAGCGAGCAGACAUGUUGUUUUUUUGUGAUUCCCAGCAAUUGUAUUGAAAAAGAAAAAGGCCUUGUGCAUGGAAUCACACAUCAGUGCGCCUCAUCUAUCUCACAAUAACAUGGCGAUUCAAAAAUUUUUUUUGCGCGCCGGCGCUGCAGUUUUUUUUGUCUUUGUCCCGGAUCGUGCGUACGCUGCGUGGAGACCGAAGCCGUCUUCGUGGAAUGCUGCGAGUGCGUCUGGGAGUACUUCUGCCCGCGUCGCGCCCUGGCAGGCGGAGGGCGGGGUGGACGCGGACUCGAAAUCUGCUGCAAUGCGGUGGAAGAAAAAGGCAUCAACCGAGGGGGGAGAUGUUCCCCGCGAGAACCUGAACCACCAGGAUGCGAGCAAAGUGACCGCGCACGUUUCCACUUCCGCGGGAACUACGUCCAGCCCCGCGGCCUUGCUUCCUGGGACGAGAAGUAGCAGAUACACGAAGCAGCUGCCCAGGUGGAAAGUCCGCAGUAGUCCGGCGCAAGAACAGGAGGACCGAGUGACGGGGAGUGCGUCGCAGGAUCAGCGCGAUGAGACAGAGCCGGCGCCGCUCCCCGCUUACACGGAUGUGGGAGAAGGCGGGCUCAAUACUGACAUUCCCCCGCCCGUUCCGUUCGCCCGAAGUCUGCAACGGCACAGUGCGGAAGAAUCGGAAGAGGCAGGUGGGACGGGGUUAUUUACCGAGGAAGCAAGUAAAACUAAAAAUGACCGCCACUACACGGCCAGUCGUCCUCCGCUGGUGCUGCCUUCGAGAAGUGGGCGCUGGGUGCCCAAACUGCUAGCACCGGCCCACUGCGACCGGGACGACCCGGGGGCGGAGAAGAUAUCAAACUGCCAAGAGCUGUCAUCCGCGAUCCCGGGCGGGCAGAGCACGGUCUCGGCGAGUGCAGGGCAACGCCAGCACGUGGAGCGCCAGUCUCAAGACGCGGACGCGGCUGCAACCACAGCUUCGAGCAACGAGGAUUUGCCGAGACCACAGGGUGGGGCUAACAGCAAAUCAGAGGAAGAUUCGCGCGCCAGCUUUGAUGACGUCAUCGACGAAUCGCCGUCAGCAUCUGCAGACGCCGAAGAAGAUUUUGGUGACUUUCUGGCCCUGCAGCGGACCGCGAGCGUCUCGUCGUCGACGAAGACGAGCACUGGGGCCCGGUCCGCCGCGGAGAUCUCCUCCGAGUGCUCCGGAACAGCGUCCGCAACCGCCGACGACCGGGGCGGAAGAAUAAUACCGGGAGCAGCAGGUUCUCAACAAGAGCAGGCGAAGAUGAACAAGAUUCGCUCGCCACCGCCGAACAAAAAUCUCGUGGUAGUGCGCCACUUACCGGAUGCGGACGUCGAGCCCACGGCGGAACUGGAGCCGUUGCUGCUGUACCACCGCCACGGGAAGAGGGAAAACGAGAAGGACCGCUACGACAACUUCCAUCUGCACCAAACCUACAAGCGGCACAAGAGCAGGAGUUGUACUAACACUGGUACAACGACUGGUUGUAGUUCAUCUUCUGCAGUUACCGGUCCGACGGGUGGAGGCGGCGAUCAUCCCCAAGACGCCUGGCUUAUCCCUGUCUCGUACGUGAAGAUCGACGAUCUGCUGUUCUCCCAGGAGCACGCCCGAACGGUGUUCCGAAGCAGCAGCAGCACCAGCAGCAGUACAACUUCUUGCAAGGAUGAACAUCGCAAAAAAACCGACGGCAAAGGUGUGAAACCUGGUUCCUCGCGUGCUAGCGAAGAACAAGAUGAAGAAGGUCGUCCGUGUCACAACGUGAAGCAGCACUUUGACGUGUUCCAGACCGCGCAGGAGGUGUUUGAGAAGUUCGCGCAGAAUUUCAUGGAGAACCGGCUCGACACCAUGACGGAGCAGCACGCGCCGGCCGGCGGCCGCACCGCUGUGCACCCUAGUAAAAGUCCGUCGCUGGUGACGAGGUGGAAGCAUUUCCUGCCCAUCUUCUUCGACAGUGAGCCGGAGGAUGGGGAAGGUCGCACGCCGGACUCCGAGAAGACGAUCAGCAAGUGGGGCCAUCGGGUCAGCAUUCCGCCGAUCCACGCAGCCCCCCUGUACGACGGGGACCUGGAGAAGAAGUGGUACGCGCACAAUGCCGACGCGGAGCGCAACCCGCGCAUCCGCGUUCCGUGGGUGAAUCCGAGCUUCUACAAGGCAGACGAGCAACAGCAGAGAGGCAUCUUCAAGGGGACGACCAUUCCGCCAGCGCGAAGUGCGCAGAAGUUCGUGGUUUUUUCCGGCAACCGCCGGCUCUCGGUGUUCCAGGCAGUGCAGCAGCAGAUUGAGCACUGGCUGCAGCAAGAGAGGGGCGCGAGCGGAGGUGGAGGUGGACCGGGUUGGAGCUACAAGAAGGCGAAGAGGUUCGUGGCCGAGCUGCGGGUGCCGGUCUACGUCUUUUCGGAGCCGUGGAUGCUCACUCUGCACGAGAUGUUCGUGAAAAACUCCCCCCGGUUCGACAACCAGAGCGGCGGCCGCCUAAUCAAGUUGCCGGCAGAGACCGUGGUGACGCCCGCGCUGGACAUGUGCGCGCUCAAUCCUUUUUUUGCGCACCAGUGCAGUCUCUCAGCGCAGGCGGAGGCUUUUCAAGAACAUAACUUCCGAGGCGAUUAUUCGAGUCAGCGGGUGGACGAGGGGAGGAGUUUUGAAGGGGGCGACGUAAGGCCGGACCCAGCAGUAGCCGAGAAGAGGACGAAAGGAGCAGGAGAAAUAAACGAUAAAAAGUACAACAAGCCGCGGCCGGGGGCCCAGUUCUGUUCCCAGGGCGGGUUCAUGGGGCCGCCGGUCUUUCUGCCGCCGUCGUUCGUGCAGUAUGAGAAGGUAGUGCACGGGAUGUCUCAGGCACACAGCACGCGCGGGCUCGCGGGGUUGAUUCGCAACUACCUGAGCAUGCGGUACCAGCUCGGACUGCCGCUUUGCAUGGUGGCCUCGGACGACAAGCGAAGCGGGUUUUUGCCGGAAGGCAAAGAUUGCGGUGCGCCGGACCACCUUCAUGGAAGCUGCAGCUACGAGGAAGUGCAGGCCUUCGACGGGGACGAGUGGGGCGGCCAAGCUGUGGCCGAUGAAGAUUGGUCGUACGUAGAGGAAGACCCGCUUCUGGAGCUGGGGAGAACGAAUCACCACGAUCCCUUUACUUGUUCAGGCACUUCUGCCGGUGUCAUUCGUGCACGUCUGGAAAUAAAGGCCGACGAUGCAGCAACGGGAGUAUCAUCGAAAAAGAGUGCUGCUGCGCCGCCGGCGUUGAAGAAAGGCAGUCUCCUGAAGAAAAACGCGAAUGAGAAAACUGACGGAAAGGACUUUGGUACCACCUUCGGGGAUCAUGAAUCAGCAGCGCCUCUGCCAGUCGGGCGGGUCGAAGUGUUUGACGCCUCGGAUAAGAGCCUUUCGUCCAAGCUGCGCGCCGACGCGCCCGAGUUUGUGGUGGACCAGUUCGUGUACGAUGCGGGUAAGUCGGAAGAGUCCGUGAAUCAUACUCAGUACGAGGACGAGAAGGAGGUCAAGAAGAAAGAAAUGUCCGCCGCCGCGCCCGAAUUUGUGCCUGCCGGAAGCGCAAAAACAGACGACUCGAGCGGCGAACACGCGGGAACUGAAGACGAUGAAAAUUCUCGCAAAUCUUUCGUGGAAAAGAAAGCGUUGCUACAAGACGUCGCGGAAGGAGUCGCGCAAACUGCAAACUUGUCACCGAAAUCCAAAAGGGCGCGGAAAAACAAGUUCUCUGGGGAGAAAGGAGAAACAAAGGUUGGCGCAGCAGCAGCGCCGUUCAAAGCGUCUUCAUCGCGACCGCAGAAUAGCAGCACAAGAAGUGGUGCAACAUCUAGCUCUCACGACCGAAGCAAAGGAGGUGCAAACAGACCGACGGUGGGGAAGAGCAGAAAGGGAUGCAUGAUUCGCCCGGAGGCGGCUGGGACCGUGCAGUCUGGUAUGCGAUACGACUUGCAGCCCGUACUGCCCUUCGUUCCCUGGGGCGCGUUCCCGAUGGAAGACUUUUGGGCAACAUCCGGUGACUACUGGGCAGAUGGAGUGCUGGCGAAUGACCCUGUGCAGUCCGCUGGAGGCUUUUACUGAGGGGGUCGUGUGCAUCAAGGUCUGUGUGAACACAAUAGCAAUGUAUGAAAUUGAACUGAUGCUUCGUACAAUGCUGCAUUGGCACUCUCGAAAAAAAUUGAUUGCGAAAUGCUUAGUGGUUGUUGUGCACCUAGGCGCACAAUUUUAUCUGAAUGCUCUUCGCAAUCGCAUCGCCAAGAAGUCCGAUCAUUUUGGAGCCUUGGAAGCGUGGCUGUCAGAGGUAUUCAGAAUUAAUUACUCAAUUGCAGUUGUUUCGCUCGUUUCGGGGAAAAGUUAGUAGUCGACUACUCAAGAUACAUAUAUCCUUGCAAAAGUAUUAUAGAAUGUAUUUGCCUGGUGUUGAUAUAGAUUUUCUGUCUAUGUUUUGCAAUCGCUGUAUACCUUGCGUUCUGCCUCGGUUCCAUUAAACGCCGCUGCUAGAGUAGAAGUACUACCGCAAUGGUAACUGCAUGAAAGCAAAGCGCAACCGCAAUUCAUGAAAUUUCAUUUUGAUGGAAUUAGAAUAUAAAAUUUCAAAGUGUAGUAUCGAAAAUGAUGAUAUCGAGACUGCCGAAAAGCAACGAACUGGAAU